UACUCUGCCCGUAAUGGUGUGGCACCAAAAGAGCUCUAUCAUCUUCAAACGGGAAGCUUUUCGGUCCAUUCACUCUUUCUGUGGCUCAGCCACCAUCCGCUCUGAAGUGAACGUGCCCGGGUCACGUGAUACCAGCAUCGGCCUUGUUCUCCGUUCUGCCUCCGCUACUCUGGAGAAAUUAUACCCACUCCAUUAUCUGCGGGACAGAUCAUGUUUCAUUCAGACAUAGUCGCAAAAACUCCCAAGGUGCUAGAUAGAUGUCUAGAUCUCUACCUGGCACCCGACGGAGAGAAAACGGGUCCAACACUGACGGCCAAGUCUACGCCUGCAAAGUACGCCUCGCACCCAGAUUUCCAGUUUUUCAGCUCGGUGAAGAAGAAACACCACUUUGCCUACCACAGCUCCAAAUUCGCCUCUGUCAAGAACGACAUAUCGGCAACCAGCACCCUCCAGAAACAGUCGACUUUCGACCCAUUCUCGCGGCCCUUACUUCUUGAGAGAAUUAGAUCCUACACGGCUUUAAACUGGGCUCUUCCUCACUUCCCAAGAUCCGACCGUCAGCUCACAGAGCUUCUUUGUAGUGCUCACGGAUGGGUUUGCGAGCAAGUGUCCCGGAAAAACACGUCUAAAAACUUGCUCCGGUGUACGGGCUGUGAUCGCCAGUUGGCGUUGACGUUCAAUCCGCCCGACCAGCAGCCAGAAUACGCUGCCUGUUAUUUCGACAUAGGCGAUAUCCAGGAGCUCAACGUCAAGCUCAAGGAUCAGUAUUUGCGCCAAGUAGAGCACACAGCACACGCCGGACUGUGCCCGUGGCGAAAUAUAGCUUCUCCGUUAGACGGCACCUACUACUUGACACCAUACAUCGAGGCCACGAACGAUACCUUGAUCACUGAAUAUUUAGCUCUUUUGCGCAGAACGUAUCAUAAAAUUGACCCCUCGAGCCACUAUGCACACGUGCUUCUGGAGUUGGCCCCGCAGGAUGUUAUGUUGAACUUAGCUGGGUUCAUCAAGGUGUCUAGACUGUGGCUCCUUAGUCGCUACUUCAAGGACUCGAAAGAGAACUUUGAGCCAGUACUCGAGAGAAACUUACCAUCUUGGGCUUACGUAUUGGCGGCCAUGGGGUGGGAAAUCAACGUGCAGACGUUCGGGGAUGUUUCCAUUCCUUUACUCGUGUGUACCAUGUGCAACCAGAAAAUCUUUUUGGAUGCUGAAUCCGCUAAGAGUGGCACAACAGACACCAAAGAGAAGCGAGAUUUGCAUGACUUACAAAAAGAAAAUGUGCCUUUGCAGUCAAUAUUCCAGAAGCCCCCAGAGCCCAGGGAUUCUGGCCCGGAAAGCAAUGCUGAUUGUUCUGAAGAUGUGCUCGGGGAAGCAGCCGAGAACAACCUUGCCUGCCACAAACCUUGGUGUCUCUUGGUUCACAGUUUCGACAACAAGCCAUAUUUUAGUUACUUCCACGAGAUGAUCGUUGAACUGAAAUCGAAUAUUGGACCCGAGGGCCAGUAUCAAGAGAAAUGUAUCGAUUUUGCCACGGGUCCAUAUCCCGCAGACAUGGCCAAGAAAAGAAAAGCUGAUGUGACAGAGAACCUUGAGAGAUUCUCCAAACUCCGCAAGUUAUACUUUGCAGAUGCAGACUUGUGAUGUUCCCAGUCAUCCGAUAUGCACAAUAUAUUCAUUCCCAGGCGUAGUUCAACUA